AUGCAUCAACACCCGAUCAAUAGGGGGGGAAAUGAAUCAAUAGACUCCCGCCGCUGCCUCUCGAGGCUGGCUGAACUUUAUGCUGUACUUAUAGAGCACGCAAUCCCAGGAGGGCUUUGGCGGGCCAGUUGUCAGACAAACCCAAUCCUCACUUUAUCCAGGAUGAGCUCAGCCCUGCUUCCGGCGUUCCUCGGUGACUUACCACCAUGUGCGGCCAAAUGCUUCGAAUCUGCUAUGAAUGCCAGCUCGUGUGCAGCGACGGAUCGAUGGUGUAUCUGCACGGAGGAGAGUCUCUUGGAAAGUGCGAUCGGAUGCUAUAGAACCAUCAAUCGCGCGCGCAGCUGGAGUUGCCUAACACGCACAGGGUCUACGAACUCGACUCGCGCCGCCUGUGGAAUUCAUGAAGAGAGCAAGGCUAGCUUAACACCAGCGCUUGCCGGGUCAUUGGGCAUGCUGGCAUUGAUUAUGACCUGCCUGCGCAUGUCACAGAGAACCAUGAUGAAGAGAUCUUUUGGCUGGGAUGAUGGUCUGAUAUUGAUGGCGAUGCUACUUCUCAUCGCCGAGAUCUUCUACAUGCCCGCCGAAGCCUUGACUCAGUUGUCCUUCUUAGCCUUCUACCUCCGCAUAUUUCCGCCAGGCAAGUUCCGGUACAUUGUCUACACCCUCGCUGCCAUCUCAGUCUGCUUUGGAAUCUCCAAUACUCUUAUCAUGAUUUUUCAAUGCCGUCCAGUCUCCUACUUCUGGAACAGCUGGGCUGGGGAGUCAACGGGCAGCUGCAUCAAUAUUAGCAACUUCUCAUGGUACCGAGCCGCCAUGCAAAUCGCCAUGGACCUGUCCAUCAUCGCACUACCAAUCUACCCUCUGUCCAAGCUUGCGCUAAGCCGGCGGAAGAAGACUCUCGUCUUGCUGAUGUUCUGCACGGGCUUCUUAAUCACCGUCGUCAGCUGCCUUCGACUGCAAUCGCUCAUCCGCUUCUCAAAAUCCUCCAACAUCAGCAUGGACAACAACCCCGCCAUCUACUGGAGUAUGGUGGAAUGCGACGUGGCGAUCGUGUGCGCCUGCAUGCCCUGCUUGCCUGCCCUGUUGAAACCGCUCCUCCCCGCUUGCUUUGGGUCGCGGUACUAUGCCAGCGCGGACGAGCAAACACCACCGGUCAAACUGGAGCGAAUUCGCCGGAAGGAUGAGUUCAGCGUGCUGUCGACUGCGGUAUCGGAGGAUGCUUUGAUGGCAAGUCGGAGCUGAGGGUCGGGGCCUGUAUUGUAUGCUAACGAACAUGAUACCAAAGAAGUAUAAGCCUGCUAGUAGUACCCUCACAUACCGGUAAAUUUGGGCUGACGGACACGCGCAGCUCUUCUCAUGCGUAUCCUGCUCAUGACGACCUCAUAGCUGACG